AUGAAUGAUCCAGAGUCAGCACAGGCCAGUCAGGAUAGUAAUAAUUCGACCACCAUGCACCAUACGUCGUACGAGCCUGCAUGUGAUGAAUGCAGGGUACGCAAGGUCAAAUGCAACAAAGAAUACCCAAAGUGCUCCAAUUGCCAGAAGUCCAAUCUGUCAUGUGGUUUCUCAAACAAGGGGAAACGGGUCAAUCAUACCAAAAGGCUGAUCAAUGACGUUGAACUUCUGGGGAAUCGCCUAGGCAAAAUUGAGGAUGUCCUCUCUCGAUGUCUCUCUGUAAUGGAAAACUCCAGCUCCAUGCAAGCCCACCAAAAGUCAACCCCUUCUUGGAAUGAUCGUCAAGAAUCUAGUCCUAUGGAAUUACCAGAUGAUGCAAUGCAGGAUUCUGAACAUUUCGAUGAUGACAGUUUGGUCAAGCUUCAAUCUGAUCGUUACUACCUGUUUGUCGGGGAACACGGAUACGAGCGGUUCUACGGGCUGAGCUCAAUGUUUACAUUAUAUGCAGAGGCCCAAAACGCAUGUGGUCAGCUCAUGGCGUCAUUGCCAGAUUAUAGCAGAGAUGAGGCUCUUCAAUCAUCCACCUCUGCGCUUCGCUGUCGACUGGAGGAGGCAACAAAGCUCUUUGAGAUGAUGGCACAAGAAAGCCCAUCUGUGCUGGAACCCAAUCCAGGAGAUCUUGCCCCGAGCAUUCCUCCUCGUGCGCUGAUGGAAGUCUUUUUGGAUACUUAUGUGUCUGACCUCUGUCCAUUGUUACCUAUUUUCGAUCCCCGAAGUAUCUUAUCUGCCAUGGAGGAGCAAUAUUCAGCGGAUACAGAGCUUCCGGAUCUUGCGUGGGUUACCUCGUUCAAUCAUAUCCUUCUCCAGACCCUUGCUGCCAAGCUCGGCGCCUCCAGGAAGUCCGGACUUGUGCGUGGUGGGUCGCUUGAAGAUGGCCUUGUUUCAAAUCUUCUUCUGAAUGCGGAAAGAUGCUACAAUAACUUCGAAAAACUCCUAAGACCUCGAGUGGCGAAUAUCCAAGCUCUACUGAGCCUUGCCCUAAUUGCUCUCAAAUAUUUUCGAUUCACAAUGUUUGAGACCCUGUUUGCUCAGGCAUGCCAGCUAUCAAAGUCCAUUGGCCUCCACCAUGCCAUUUCUAGACAUGGUACGACAAGUGGACAUCUUGAAAUUGAGCGUCAGAAUUUGUUUUGGUCCCUUUUUAUUGUGGAUAAACAUGCUUCGCUGAUUGCAGGAAAGCCGUGUUUGUUACCUUCGUACGAUUGCAGCGUUCCCUUGCCCACAGACGAAGACCACUUCACGGCGCGAGUGCGACUGGCUCAUAUCCACGAAGAGCUCUACCGCAAUCUGUACUCGGCAGAGGUGCGUCGUAUUGGCAGAGAGUCCAUCAAUCGCCGCGGCGAAAAGAUUGGAAGGAGGCUUCGAUCAUGGGCCGUUCAACAUGAGCAUGUGCUGUCACCUCCUGGCCCUGGUCCUAUCUCGCCUCCUAAUAAAUACUGUGCCAUGGAGCUGAGAUAUGCACUUUCCACCUGUUGGGUACUGAUUCAGCGUCGCAUGAUCACUGCGCAGAGUAGAAAGUCCCGGCUGGGGCACGCUCGGGACAGCCUCACUCUGUUUAAGGGGCUUUGCGCGAGUUAUCAGCACGGAGAUGGCAUAUCAGGAUUUACGGUAUUUGAAAACCAAAUUUCUGAGAGCCUUCGUUCUCUGAAGGAGGGAAGCCGCGCUCAGUCGCAAUCAGCUGCCGUAUCUCCCAGACCGACAACUGCGUCGACAGAUCAAGGCCCCGGCGGGGAUUUGUUUGGAAUGGACGCAAUGGGAUCCUUUCCCGCCAGUUCUGGUGCUCGAGACCAGUUCUGGGAUGUUUAUUCUUUCCCUUUGGGAGACUCGCUCGAUUCGGGCAAGAUAAAUACGAGUCAUGAGGCACAGGCCGACAAUCGAGAUCUCAUGGAUACCAAUGGGCUGUUCUUGAUGUCGGAAGAUACCACCUCUCAUAUUUUACCGACAGACGCAGUUGACUUCGACUCUUUUCUAAGUGGACUUUCUAGUGGUAACCACGAAUUCGGUCGAACAAUAUAG